AUGGCUGUAGGAACGGUUUCAGCUGCUGGUGCAGAUAGCGCGGCGGUACUGAGACGUAAGGCCCUCGCAGGACCGUCGGGACCUGCAGGUUUAGUCCAGAAUGCAAAGGUUUUUGGAAUGGCGUUGUUUGCGUGUCUUGGAGGAUUGCUUUAUGGGUACAAUCAGGGUGUAUUCUCUGGAGUUUUGGCUAUGAACUCCUUUGGAAAGCACAUGGGAGACGCAGUUACAGACUCUACGAAGAAGGGUUGGCUUACUGCCAUUCUCGAACUCGGAGCCUGGACCGGUACAAUUUAUUCUGGUGUCCUUGCCGAGAGAAUAUCUCGAAAAUACACCAUUCUCGUGAACGUGAUUAUUUUCUGUAUUGGAGUCAUUGUUCAAUGCUGUUCUAUUGUUGGUGAUGAUCAAUACAUUCUUGGUGGGCGGUUCGUUACUGGUAUGGGUGUUGGUUCUUUGAGUAUGACAGUUCCCAUGUAUAACGCCGAGAUUGCACCUCCGGAAGUUAGAGGAUCUCUUGUUGGUCUGCAGCAGCUAGCUAUCACUUUCGGAAUCAUGGUUUCCUUCUGGGUUGACUAUGGUACCAACCACAUUGGCGGCACCGGCGAUGGGCAAAAGGACGUCGCGUGGCUCCUCCCACUUGCCCUCCAACUCGUCCCUGCCGUGAUUCUCGGAGUCGGUAUCCUAUUCAUGCCCUUCUCUCCACGUUGGCUCGCCCAUCACAACCGUGAAGAAGAAGCUCUCGAUGUUCUAGCAAGUCUCAGAGGACUUGCGAGAGACCACCCAUUGAUCAACCUCGAGUUUCUGGAGAUCAAGAGUCAAAGUAUGUUUGAGAAGAGGACCGAGGCCGAGAAGUUCCCGCAUCUGGAGAGGAAGGAUACGUGGAGCUAUGUUAAGCUGGAGGCGUUGAGCUUUGUGAGCUUGUUCCAGAGUAAGAGUAUGUUUAGAAGGGUAAUGGUUUCGACGGUUACUAUGUUUUUCCAGCAAUUUACUGGUAUCAAUGCGGUAUUGUACUAUGCUCCCUCCAUUUUCAGCCAGUUGGGUAUGUCCGGCACAACAACCUCUCUCCUCGCCACCGGAGUAGUCGGUAUUGUCAUGUUCCUAGCCACCAUCCCAGCAGUCAUGUACAUCGACUCCCUCGGCCGAAAACCCGUCCUCUUCGUCGGCGCAAUUGGAAUGGCGCUCUGCCACUUCAUCAUCGCCAUCAUCUUUGCCAAGAACGAGAACCAAUGGGAAACACACAAAGCUGCGGGAUGGGGUGCAGUAGCAAUGGUUUGGCUGUUUGUCAUCCAUUUCGGGUACUCGUGGGGACCUUGCGCGUGGAUUUUGGUCGCGGAGGUGUGGCCAUUGAGUGUGCGCGCAAAGGGAAUCGCCCUUGGUGCUAGUUCUAACUGGAUGAAUAACUUUAUUAUUGGACAAGUCACGCCCGAUAUGUUGGAGCAGAUGCGGUGGGGGACAUAUGUUUUCUUUGGUCUCUUCACCACAUUGGGUGCUCUAUUCAUCUUAUUCUUCGUACCGGAGACCAAGCAGCUUUCUCUCGAGGAAAUGGACAUAAUCUUCGGUAGUGAAGGUGUCGCCGCAGCCGACUUCGAGAGGCAAGCAGAGAUCAACAGAGAGAUCGGGCUCGAUAGGGCUAUCCAGGACUUUGACGCAAGCCAGGUUGUGGGCGGCGGCGAUCGCGAUGGUAAGACUAGCCAUGAAGAGAUGGAAAAGGAGAAGCCUGUCAUCUUGGAUGAGAAGCGGGAGGUUUAG